GAACAAACAACGUGCAAUACGCUUUCCGACGGAGUAAUGUCCCAUCGACAAUAUAUGUUUUUACUAUAUAUAUAUAUAUAUCUGUAUACCCCAACACUGGAUGUAGAACAGCUAAAGGUAGCCAUGGAUUUCUUCACAUAUGUGCUAUUCAUUUUCUUCACCUGCGCUUUGGUACUUCAACCCCUCCUUUCACUCUCAAGACGAAGCAAAAGCAUCAACGGCAAACUCCCGCCCGGACCGGCUCCCUUGCCGGUCGUUGGCAACCUCCUCAAGCUCGGCAACAAGCCCCACAGGUCCUUAGCCGACCUGGCCCGCCUCCACGGACCCAUAAUGACCCUGCGCCUGGGUCGCCUAACCACCAUAGUCAUUUCCAGCGCAGCCAUGGCCGAAGAAGUCCUCCACAAGCAAGAUCUCACCUUCUCCAGCCGAACCAUCCCCGACGCUAUCCACGCCAUCCACCACCACCAGUUCUCCAUGAUUUGGCUGCCUGUUUCGCCCCGGUGGCGAAACCUCCGGAAAAUCUGCAACACCCAAAUUUUCACCCCCUAUAGACUUGACGCCACCCAGAGUCUCCGGCGGCAUAAAGUGACGGAGCUGCUCGACGAAGUAGGUGAACGAUGCAGGGCCGGUGAAGGAGUGGAGAUAGCGUUGGUGGCCUUUAAGACCGCCCUUAAUUUCUUAUCCAACACCGUGUUUUCUGUGGACUUGGCGGGUUCGAAUAAUUCUGAUACGAUCCAAGAGUUCAAGGAGGAGAUGUGCAUGCUCGCAGACGACAUCGGGAAGCCCAAUCUGGUGGACUAUUUUCCGGUGCUUAGGAAGAUAGAUCCGCAGGGUAUAAGGCGUCGGAUGACAGCUAAUUUUCAGAAGGUAACUGGGCUGUUUGAUUCCAUGAUAGAGCAGCGGGUGCAGUUGAGGAAGAUGUAUGGUGGUGUGAGAAGCAACGAUAUGUUGGAUGUUCUUCUCAACAUCAGUGAAGAGGGAGGUAGUGAGGGGAUUGAUAGAACUGAUAUCCUACACCUGCUAAUGGACCUAUUUUCAGCGGGAACUGAUACAAGUUCAGGUACAAUGGAAUGGGCAAUGGCUGAGCUACUCCAUAACCCCCAUAUGUUGUCCAAAGUCCAAACGGAGCUCCGAGAAACCAUUAGAAAGGGCAACUCGAUGGAGGAAGCAGACAUAGCUUGCCUCCCCUACUUGCAAGCAGUUGUGAAGGAGAUCUUUCGACUGCACCCACCACUCCCGUUGUUGCUCCCUUACAAGGCUCAAACUGACACAAACGUCUGUGGAUUCCACGUCCCAGAGGGUGCACAAGUGCUAGUCAAUGUUUGGACCAUUGGUAGAGACCCAAAAACAUGGGCCGAACCUAACUCAUUUGUGCCUGAAAGGUUCUUGGGCUCCGACAUAGAUGUGAAGGGCCGGAAUUUUGAGCUCAUUCCAUUUGGUGCCGGCCGACGAAUAUGCCCAGGUUUGCCACUUGCGACCAGGAUGAUUCACUUGAUGUUAGGCUCACUUCUUCAUGCUUUUGAUUGGAAGCUUGAGGAAGGAAUUGGACCAAAGGACAUGAUCAUGGAAGAUAAGGUUGGACUUACAUUGCGAAUGGCUCAGCCUCUCCGAGCUAUCCCUAUCAAUGUGCAAGAUUAGAAGAUGAAGUUACUUAAAAAAAAAGAAUCUUGAUCCACAAAGCAUUUAGAAUACAUCAAUUACAGGAUCUUGUAUACGUUUGAACUCUCUUAGUAAUAUGUGAUGUUCAUGGUUAAGAUCUUAUGAAAUAUUUCCUUAAAAAAGACUUGCAUGUUGUGGGGUAUUCUAUACACUUGUGUGAUAUAAGCAAUGUGACUUUGUCUAAGCAUACAUGACAUAGUUUUAGUUAAGGGACACAGUAUUCCUAUGUCACCUGAGUUUUAUUUUCAUUCAUUUUUGUGUGAGUCUAAGAACUGACAUGGCAUCGAAUAAUUGAUGGUUAGAAAUCUAUGUGGAGGAACUGUCUCUUACUCAGGAUAAUUUCCUACCACUUAUUAAUUAGUGUUGAAUAAGAUAGUUUUGGAAGCCA